UUUGAUGUAAAUCCACACGGCGAGGAGAGGAGACGCGCAUCCGCGAAGGCGCAAUUUAGAUUAUUCUUGUCGUUGUAUAUUUUGGGCUGAAGAGCGUAAUGACUGCUUGUGAUGAAUCUGUUGGUUUCACCGGAAAAGGCCAUCGAUCCAAGAGCUGAAAAGGCUUCCGAGUCUACAGCUCUGCGACUCCACGUCUGUCCAUUUCUUUCCGUAUACUUUUCUCUUGAUCCGAGUGGACUCCUGUGUUACCUCAUAGCUCAUGCAAAUUGAAAGGAGAGUUGCUAUCUUCUAAGGAUCUCCUUUUGGGCAUUAUGCAUGUCUGGCCCUGUGGCCAUUGUUGAUGAUGUGGGAGCACUUUCUUUGUCAAACAGGACAAAAUCUCUUGAUGCUAUUUCCUUUAAAGACACAGACCACCCCAUCGUGUCAACAACUGGGGAAGUGGUAUGUGCUUCUGGAACAGUGGGCUUUAGAGUUGGAGAACAUACACUGCCCAAUGGGGAAUCUUAUUCUGGGUCCCUUCUUGAAAAAAUGCCUGAGGGCUUGGGGAUGUAUACCUGGUCAGAUGGUUCCAAAUAUGAGGGUGAAUGGAGACGAGGGAUGAGGCAUGGAUCUGGGAAACAUCAAUGGUCUUCUGGAGCAGUUUACGAUGGUGAGUUUUCAGGUGGUUACAUGCAUGGGACAGGGACAUAUGUUGGCCGUGAUAAUAUGACAUAUAAGGGACGGUGGAAGUUGAAUCUUAAGCAUGGGUUGGGAUAUCAAGUGUAUCCCAAUGGAGACGUCUUUGAGGGAUCUUGGAUUCAAGGAAUUCCAGAAGGGCCUGGUAAAUACACCUGGGUUAAUGGAAAUGUUUAUUUGGGUAAUAUGAAAGGAGGAAAAAUGUCAGGUAAAGGAACUCUUACUUGGAGUAAUGGGGACUCAUAUGAAGGAAGCUGGUUAAAUGACAUGAUGCAUGGAUUUGGAGUCUACACAUGGAGUGAUGGUAGCUGCUAUGUGGGGACUUGGACACGGGGUCUAAAGGAUGGACAAGGGGCAUUCUAUCCAAAGGGGAGCAGCCUUCCAGCAGUACAAGAGGUGUACCUUGAUGCUCUGAGGAAACGAGGGCUGUUGCCAGAUUUAAGAAGGCAGAAUCAAGUAUCUCAUAUUCAUCAGGCUUCUUCAGUUGAUAUGGGAAACAUGAAGGUCAGUGCCAGGCGUGGAUCUUCUCGCAAUUCAAAUGAUAAGCUAUCCAAGGGGAACCUGUUAAAUCUGGAGCAGUCUAGUAUGACCAAUGUUUCCCUAGAAAGACGCUGGAGUCUAGAGGUAUCCAUUGAAAAAGUUAUUGGACAUGCAAGGUCAACGAGUUUGAAUGAGACAGUUUCAGAAGGUGGAGAAAAUGAGUUCACAGAAAAGGCUCCUAUCCUGAAGCGGGAAUAUAUGCAAGGUGUAUUAAUUAGUGAGCUAGUUCUAAGUAAUAGCUUCUCAUCAUCAUCCAAAAGAGCAAAAAGGCGGCAAAAGAGACUUACAAAGGAGGUAAAGAGGCCAGGUGAAGCAAUCAUUAAAGGUCAUAGGAGUUAUGAUUUAAUGCUCAGUUUGCAACUUGGAAUCAGAUACACUGUGGGGAAAAUUACACCCAUUCAAAGGAGAGAAGUCCGAGCUUCAGAUUUUGGCCCACGGGCCAGCUUUUGGAUGAAUUUCCCUAAAGAUGGGUCCCAAUUGACACCGCUUCAUCGGUCAGAAGAUUUCAAGUGGAAAGAUUAUUGUCCUAUGGUUUUCAGGAAUUUGAGGGAGUUGUUUAAGAUUGAUGUUGCAGACUACAUGAUGUCUAUUUGUGGCAAUGAUGCUCUAAGGGAACUUUCAUCUCCAGGAAAAAGUGGUAGUGUCUUUUUCUUGUCACAGGACGAUCGUUUCAUGAUUAAGACACUCAGAAAAUCUGAAGUAAAGGUUCUUCUGCAGAUGCUUCCAAGCUAUUACUGUCAUGUGAGGACAUAUGAGAACACUUUGAUAACUAAGUUCUUUGGUCUCCACAGGAUCAAGCUCCCUAGUGGCCAAAAGUUUCGCUUUGUGGUAAUGGGAAAUAUGUUCUGCACAGAAUUAAGAAUCCAUCGAAGAUUUGAUUUGAAAGGUUCCUCCCUGGGGCGGUCUGCUGACAAGGUUGAAAUCGAUGAGAAUACCAUACUCAAAGAUCUGGAUCUGAACUAUUGCUUUUAUUUGGAACCUUCAUGGCGAGAGGCUCUACUACAGCAGAUUGAAAUUGAUAGUAAAUUUCUGGAAACACAGCACAUAAUGGAUUACAGCCUUCUACUUGGUGUUCACUACCGAGCUCCGCAACACCUCCAAUAUAUUAUGUCUUGUGCUCAAGCAGAUGGGUUGGGAAUUGUUGCAGAAGAAUCUAUGGAGGAGGAAAUCUCCAACUAUCCACAAGGCCUUGUUCUGGUUCCCCGUGGAGGUGAUGAUAAUAGUGUUGUGGUGGGUCCUCACAUCCGAGGUAGCAGAUUGAGAGCCACAUCUGCUAGUGGUGAUGAGGAAGUGGAUCUUCUUCUUCCUGGUACAGCAAGACUCCAGAUCCAGCUUGGAGUAAACAUGCCUGCAAGAGCAGAGCUUAUUCCCAUGAAAGAGGAAACAAAGAUGUUUCAUGAGGUAUAUGAUGUUGUACUGUACCUGGGUAUCAUCGAUAUAUUGCAGGGCUACAACUUAAGCAAGAAGAUUGAACAUGCCUACAAAUCUUUCCAAUUUGAUACGGUAUCUAUAUCUGCAGUAGACCCAACAUUCUACUCCCAGCGCUUCAUGGGAUUCAUCCAAAAGGUAUUCCCUCCAAAUGUUGGAUUGAGUUAGAUGAUGGAGCCUGGAUUAUAACUUCUAUCUCAAAAUUCCCUUUGCCAAGGCUGCUCGCCCCACUUAACAAGUUUGUUCCGACUUCUCGGAAGCCUCAAUGGGGCUUUUAAUGUAUGCAAAGGAUAAGCAAGCAUUUGUGAACUGUGUAAAAUAUAAAUGUCACUCAAUUUUUCUUUGCCAAUUAUUUUCUUUAUUGAUUCCUAUAUCAAACCUUGAGUGGAAUUUAUUUAUGUUCAAUUUGAGUGGAAUACGAAGGUUUUUGUAGUCCA